GAUUUGACAAUUGAUUGGUGUUGAUUGUGAUUUGAAAAAAUAAUUUUGAAUGUUAAUAUGAUUUUGUGAUAGUGCUGUAUAUGUGGACGUUAAAAAGUAUUUAAUAAUAAAAAUGGGUCUAAUGUUAAAAUAUGUUAUUGCCGGCUUAGCAAGAUACUGGCUUAUUCACAUGGAUUAUUGGCAGAUUAUAGCCAAUAGGGUAGAAAUUGCUACGCCUUUAAACUCCUGGAAGAGGUUAAUUGAGGGUGUUUAUCUUUAUGAUAAUAAUAUAAAUCCAUAUGAAGGAGAUUCGUUCCACGAGUCUCCAUUAAUGCUGAUUUUCUUUCACUUUUUUAUGAAGAAAUUUCCUUACAUUUUGCCCCUUCUGUUUACAAUUUUUGACCUGAUCACAGCUCAUCUUUUAUAUAAGACAUCAAAGUCGUUUGCGACGUUGUUCAAGAAUGCUCAGGACAAAAUAAAAGAUGAAGUUAACAAGGAUUCAAAAACAAUGCUUUUAAGUAAAUCUGGUUUAGAUGAAGCUCCUGAUUACGUUUUAUCGGUUUAUCUUUUUAAUCCUUACUCUGUACUGAACUGUGCUGGGAUGACGACAACAGUUAUUCAGAAUAUGUUAGUGGCAGCAUCACUUUGGGGCGCUACAAGUGGACAAAGAAUUCUGGCUUGUGCUUUUAUUGCCCUUGCCACUCAUCAAGCAUUGUAUCCUGUUCUGCUGAUAGUUCCUAUAGCCAUAUUAUUAGCAGAUAUUAACAAAGGAUGUAAUAAAUGCUCAUACAUAAGAACCUUAUUGGUCUUUGUACUUUGUUGGGGUUUCUUCAUCUACAUUUCAGCAUUCAUAAUGGAUGGAUCUUAUAAAUAUGUGUACAAUACCUAUGGAUUCAUAUUAUCAGUCCCAGAUUUAAAGCCUAACAUUGGUUUGUUUUGGUAUUUCUUCACUGAGAUGUUUGAACACUUCAGACUACUGUUUGUUUGUGCAUUCCAAAUAAAUGUGCUGGCUCUGUACAUUGUGCCACUAACACUCCGGUUUAGGAGAGAACCAGUACUAUUGGCAACUGUGUUGAUAGCAUUGUCGGCUAUAUUCAGAUCAUACCCGUGUGUUGGUGAUGUUGGAUUCUACUUGGCUUUGUUGCCAAUGUGGAAACAUCUGUUUACAUUCAUGCAGCAAAAGUUUAUAGUGGCCUGUGCUUUCAUCAUCACGUCAGCACUAGGACCCACUGUCUGGCAUCUGUGGAUUUACUCCGGCUCAGCAAAUGCGAACUUUUUCUUCGGAGUUACCCUCUCAUUUGCAACUGCCCAAAUUUUCCUUAUAACUGAUCUAUUGUUUGCUUACAUAAAAAGAGAAUUUACGUUAAAGAAUGGGACAUCUAGACAGAUUGAUGGGAAGCCUGCAAAACUAGUCUUGCGAUAAUUUCUUGCAUUUAUUGCAGAACAAAAUUUAUUCCUAUAUUUAAAUAUAGCAUUUAUAUGUGUAAUAAUGUAUGAACUGGGCACUUAUAUGAUAUAUAAGUGCCCAGUUAAUACAUUAUUACACCAUGCCCAUAUAAUAAUAGAUGUGGCAAAAAAAGAUUAGUUCUAGUGACAGUUAAAAUUUAUGACAGACAUGAAAAUAUUAGGCCACAAUUUUUUUUUAAAUCACAAUAAAAUCACAAAUGAUGUCAUUAUAUUGAAAGUGUGAUUGUGUGUUUACCCUUCUUUAUUUUGAUAUCUUAAAGACUGAAUAUGGCUUGAAAAAUUUACUCUCCUUUUAUUUAAAAACUUGUAGAGAAAGUGAAUAUUUAGUUUAAUGCUUAUUAUGUACAUUUAAUACAAAAGACAU